AUGGGAGCUCCUGCUACUUCAGCCCAGGGGCUGCUGGGCUAUGUGAAGAAGUCCUGUGAAAAUCGGUGCUGGUCCCCAGCCCCACCUGGCCAGCUGCUGCAACUUCAUAAGAGGAGCCCCAAGGGGUGGGAGACAGCUGCAAGGAGGAGAAUGAGCACGGAGCAUGGACAGCAGCAGCCGUCCGGGAGCCGCAGGGGCCGUGGCUCCAGCGACAAGAAGUCCCGGAAGCGUAGUCGGCGCAAAGAAACCUACUCAAUGUACAUCUACAAGGUGCUGAAGCAGGUGCACCCCGAUAUCGGCAUCUCCUCGAAGGCCAUGAGCAUCAUGAAUUCAUUUGUGAACGAUGUGUUUGAGCGGCUGGCCAGCGAGGCCGCCCGGCUGGCCCAGUACUCGGGCCGAACCACACUGACGUCCCGGGAAGUCCAGACAGCCGUGCGUCUACUGCUGCCCGGAGAGCUGGCCAAGCACGCCGUGUCUGAGGGCACCAAGGCCGUCACCAAGUACACCAGCUCCAAGUGA